GGCCAAGCGCAGCCUGCCCUCGCUCAAAGGUCAGGUGGUGACGGUCAACGUCAGCUCGCAUGGCUCCCUCUUCGAGUACAUGCCAGGCAUUGGCGACGACGUGAAGGUGCUGCUAGUUCAAGAGCACCACUUGCUGCCCGAGCGCCUCCAGCAGGCGCAAUCUCAGGCUCGUGAUAUUGGCUGGCAUGGGAUAUGGGCUGCUGCGACGCCGAGUACUGCCUCGGCGACGGGCACGACUGCAGGCGUCGCUGCCCUCGUUCGCACGGACGUGAUGAUCACCGCCCCUAUCUUGGCAGAGAGGGAGGUCGUCACUGGAAGAUGUCGGUUUGCGCAUAUUCACUGGGGUGUGCCUGGAGGUUUCACAGCUGGCAGCAUCUACCUCGACACGAAGGAUGGCAUGGGCCCAGUCGACACGGCCUACCUGUGGGAGACGGUCAAGGCUCUCGCGAGGCUCAACAGCGAGGGGGUGGACUGGCUCAUUGGUGGGGAUUGGAAUAUCCAGCCUGCUGAGCUUUUCUCGUCCAGCUGGGCUACGGCAGCUUCGGCAAUACCCUUCUGCCCAAAGGCGACGUUAUACCCUCAUUGUCCAGUGCACCUGCAAGUCUUUGGACAGGACAACCCGCUAUGGAGGCUCGUGCCGAAUUUGCCUAAGGAACUACCACUACAGGCCCCCGCUGGAUGUUCGAGGUUCCCGUACUACUGGGAGGCGACCAGCUUUGAGGAGGCCGAUGACGCGGAAGGGCUUGCUGCGUGCAUGGGCGACUUGAUGAUUGGGGUCGAAAGGGAGCUCACCAACCGCUGCGAUCAUGUGGGGCCUGCCGCGCUGCGCUACUCAGGCCGAGCGGGGGCGACCUCCUUCACGUGGCGGAAGGUUGCCUGGCAGCCACCCCUCAAGCGCACCUACAAGCGCUCGCAGACCUUGGCCUGGAAAGUGGUGUUUCGAUGGUUUAUGCACAUUCAGAAGGAGCGCCACAGACUUCGCACGCUGGUCACCAGGCUUCAGAUGGCCCAUGUUCUUUGUGAUAUUGAUCCGCCCCAGUGCGCAGUCCUGCUCCAGGCUUUCAGUGAAGUUGGCGGGUAUCUUCGUAAUAUCAUGCGCAGCCAAGUGGUGCUCCACCAGAUGCCUGAGAAUGUGCAGGCCUUCCUGAAAUCUGGGCUGCAGGUCUUGGUUGCACCUGGCUUCGAGGACCUCCUGCGCUCGGUCGGGAAUGAGGCCACUCGGCUGCGCAAGGAGGACCAGCGGGAAUCCUACCGAGCUUGGAUGCAGUUCCAGCGUAAGGCUUUUCAGUCAGGGGCCUCCAUUGCUCACCGUGUCACCAAGGUGCGGCCGCUGGAGCAGGUUGUUGCAUGUCAACGACGCCCUGCAGAUGCUCAGCCGCAGGCUCUGGCGAAUCGGGACAUGAAGACUUGGGUUGAUGUAUGGACCCAUCAUGGAUGCCUACCAGUCCAGCCUCCUCCUGAGGCCGCAGAGUGGCCAUGUCUUCCGAAGCUUGACGCCGACACCCUGAGGAAGGUGAUACUGACAUUCCCUAGAAAGACCUCGACGGGGCCCUGUGCAUUACACCCACGCUUGCUGUGGCACCUGUCAGAUGAGUCGCUCGAGAUGCUGGGCAGUUUCUUUGCAAGGUGCGAGCAACUGCUCGCAUGGCCUGCAGAUCGGCUCUGGUCGAUGAUGUGUCGCAUUCCCAAGGCUGAUGAAGGACAUCGCCUGGUUGCAGUGGUCCACGCUUUCCAGCGCAUCUGGGGCAGGGCCCGGCGUGGCAUAUCUCGGCAGUGGGAGCAGCAGCAUCGCACGGACAAUGUGUGGGGCAACAGGUCCCGCUACACCUCGUCGGACAGCGCUUUUAGCCACAACUUGGACUCGGAGGUGGCUGUGCUGAGGGGCCAGUUCAGUGCGACGGUCUUACUAGAUCUCACGAAGGCGUUCGACAUGGUGCGGCCGUCGCAGCUGUUUCGCGAGGGCUGCUUGCUUGGCUAUCCACCGAGGAUGCUGUACAUGUUGCUCAAGAUGUACGCCCAGCCGAGGAGCCUCAAAGGGUACGGCACGUUCUCCGACAUGGUGCAGGUGGACCAAG